AUGGCAAAUCGCACAGACCCUCUCGCCAAGACAGUCCAUGGCACGAAUCCACAGAAUCUUGUCGAGUACAUUGUGCGCCAAAAAAUUUAUCAGACAGUCUUCUGGAAAGAAAAAUGUUUUGCUUUAACAGCAGAGACGAUGUUGGAAGUUGCGGUGAACUUGAAGAGUGUGGGGGGCACGGUUGGCGGCCAGCGCAAGCCUUCUGACUUUCUCUGCUUGUUGCUUAAGAUGCUCCAAAUCCAGCCCGAUAAGGAAAUUGUCAUCGAAUACAUAAAGAACGAGGACUUUAAAUACGUACGAUUGCUCGGCGCAUUCUACAUGCGGCUCGUCGGCAAACCCCUGGAGGUCUACCAGUACCUGGAGCCUCUGUACAACGAUUACCGAAAGGCAACUGUGCGGCUCCAGGCUGUGGAAGGCCAUUUCAUGUUGACCCACGUGGACGAGGUGGUGGACGAUAUGUUGCGGAAGGACUUCUUGUUCGACAUCGCGCUGCCCCGAGUGCCCGCCAGGCUCACCCUGGAGAAGCUCACUCAGCUCGACCCCCGGAUCAGUGUGUUGGAUGAGGAAGACGCCCCGCCUCAUCAGGAGCGGGAGUACCGGGAGCCACCUCGAGACCGGGAGAGGGAGAGGGAGAGGGAACGGGACAGGGAGCGAGACCGCGACCGCGAUCGGGACCGGGAGAGGGAACGGGACUACCGGGAGCGCCGCAGUCGGAGUCGCAGCCGCGAACGGGACCGGGACAGGGAGCGAGAUCGGGAGAGGGACUACCGACGGAGCCGCAGCAGAAGUCGCGACCGCCGGGACAGGGACAGGGAACGGGACAGGGACUACCGGCGCAGCCGCAGCCGGAGCCGGGACCGCGACCGGGGUGAGCACCGCGGAGGAAGGGACCGCCGCGACAGCCGGUCUCGCUCGCGGUCCGCGUCGCCUGGUGACGACUACGAGUACGACCGGCGGGAUCGCGGCGGCGGACGCGGCUAUGAGCGGGACCGUGGGCGCGACCGAGGGGGUGACAGGGAUGGCGGGGACCGGGGCGGGGAGCGGGAGCGGGGCGGUCGGGAGGAGGGCCGGCGCAAGGAGGCUGUGGAGGGUGGACGGGACAAGGACAAGGAGAAGACUGGCGGCAGCGGCAAGGCGCGCGGUGUCGAUCUGGAGGAUCCGGAGAUUGCCGAGGUGAGGGAGGUCAGCAAACUUGCAGCCGGCUAG